AGGUAGCGGCGUUCACGUCUCUUCCUUGCUUUACCGUCUCUGCUUCUUCUCUGCUCUUCCAUUUUCUUCUUAGUCUCUUUCUCUUCAUUCUCCCGCCAAAAAAUCCAGCGAGAAAAUGGAAAACCGCGAAGACCUGAACUCGAUCCUUCCGCUUUUGCCUCUCAUCCUUCGAUCCUCUUCUCUCUGCUGGCCUUCCAAAGCUCUUGAAUCUCUCAAAGCUCUCUCGAGAGGGCCUCAGUACAGCCAAGUCAAUUCCGGAGCGAUCCUCUUCGAUGCCAUCGUUGAUCUCAGAGACUCGAUCGGUCUUUCUAAAGAGAGACUGCGGCUUCAUGCCGCAGAUGGAUACGCUCUUUUCUUCGACGAUUUGAUGGAUCGUGUUGAAUCGGGGAAAUGGUUUGGAGAGAUUAUUCCAUCACUUGCAAGUCUUUUGUUGCGGUUGCCUUCUCUUUUAGAAGACCAUUAUCGAAACACAGAUAGCAUUUUCAGUGAAGGAAAAGAUGGCUCCAUAAUCACAACCGGGCUUCGCUUAUUGGGUUCACAAGAAGCGGGUAUUGUGUUUCUUAGCCAGGAAUUGAUCGGGGCUCUGCUAGCAUGCUCUUUCUUUUGUUUGUUUCCAACGCUUAAUAGGAGCAGCAAACAUCUUCCGACCAUCAACUUUGAUAAUUUGUUUGAGCCUCUUUAUUCCCAAGGAAACCAAAGCCAAGAACAUAAAAUAAAGUGCAUCAUACACUAUUUUAAACGGAUAUGUUUGUGCAUGCCAAUGGGCUUUGUUUCUUUUGAGAGGAAAGUUCUUCCUUUGAAACAUAGUCCCUUUUGCAUUGUAUAUCCUGAUGCUGAUUUUUGGAGCAAAUCUAUUGCUCCUCUAUGCUCCUUCAAGGUUUUACACUCUGGCUUGAUAGAAGAUCAGCAGUAUGAAGCUCUUGAGGUAGAUUUUGCCAAUAAAUACAUUGGAGGUGGUGCUCUUCAUUCAGGCUGCGUACAGGAAGAGAUCCGUUUCAUGAUCAAUCCUGAAUUAAUUGUAAGCAUGCUUUUCUUACCUUCAAUGGAAGAUAAUGAGGCCAUAGAAAUUAUUGGUGCAGAAAGGUUCUCAAACUAUAGAGGGUACGCCUCCUCAUUCCGUUUUUUGGGUGACUAUCUGGAUAAGAAACCAAUAGAUUCUAUGGGUAGACGGAAAACGAGGAUAGUGGCAAUAGAUGCAUUAUGCAACCCAAGAAUGACACAAUAUAGGCUUGAAGGCCUACUCCGGGAGGCAAAUAAGGCAUUCUGUGGUUUUCUUGAUCAAUCAAAGUAUCAACAGUAUCUGAAGCUUUUUCAAGAGGGUUCAUUUUCCAGGGAUAAGUCUGGUCAGGAUAUUGAUGGUGCAGAUAUUAAAGCCAGGAACAUCCUUCCUGCAGGGGAUGAGUCUCUUUCAAUCAGAACAUGUGAUCAUGUAUCUGAGAAGGCCUCUUGCUCGAGUCCUGGCACACAAUUGAAGCUUCCUGUUUCGUCUGCCUCUGAUGAGGCAUUCAAUGAAAGAGCAAGCGGUGUUGAAUUGAUUGGAAAUUACUAUCAGAAACAUAGUCAAGGUCCUGAGUCUCAAAAUAAUAUUGGGAUUGCUACUGGGAAUUGGGGCUGUGGAGCAUUUGGUGGAGACCCUGAGCUUAAAUGUACCAUUCAGUGGCUUGCAGCUUCUCAGGCACUAAGACCCUUCAUUCUGUACUACACGUUCAAAGAAACAUCCUUGAAGAGAUUAGAAGAGGUGAGUCAAUGGAUUUUGUUGCAAGAAUGGACGGUUGGAGACCUUUGGAAUAUGCUGAUCGAGUAUUUGUCUCAGAAGUGGAAUGGAGAAACUCGUGCUGGCUUCCUUAGUUGGCUCCUGCCUUCCUUACCUGAGCAUGACGACAUGAUAACUGUUACAUCAAGCAUGUCCGAAUGACCUCCAAGUUUCUGGAUGGGGACACACUAGUUCCAAGAACAGAAAAUGGAAAUGUUUCAUUUUUCAGCAUAAGCAUUGACAACGACAAUGAUGCUGCCCAUGUAAAAUUCAGGUGCAUUUCUGCCUCUUGACCUAUGCAGCGAUUGGUCAGACAUGAAUGAUGAGUGCCCUGUUACAAGCAAAAAUCGGUUGCCAAAUAGUCCCCUCUAACUUGGAGAAGCAUGGAGAAUGAUUUUGAUGGCCCCUCAAUUUGAAAUCUGGGUCCUACAGUGCAGCAGGAUUAUGGGGUGCUAUGCAAGUCAAAUGCUUCCGGCUUUCUUCGGGCCCCAUCUGUCUAGGCGUAGCUGAGGCUGUGGAAGUGUUGUUGGUUUAGGUAAAGGGGAUAGGAACUGUGCAAAUCAUACAUUAUAUUUAAAUAAUGAAACUAGGUUCCUUGGCUAAACAGGCAGUGUGCUGUUCAGCUCUUUGUAUUUAAUGAAUUUUAUUUUUUUAUUUUUUUGUGAACAGAAGCCCAUAUAAAGUGUUAUGUAAAUGGAAAUUUUUU